GACAGCGCGCGCGUGAAAAGCCUCUGUCCUUGUUUCUAAGAGGACUUACGCCGCAGUCACUCCAGGCAGCAAGACCAGCGACCAUCUCCCAUGACAUCUUAAUCAAAUAUGACUGUGCUUCACUCCUUGAAUGGAUUAAUGCCUAUGUAACCGUUCAUUUGCUCUCCCUCUCUUAUCUGCGUCCAAGUUUAAAGCCUAUUCUGUGGUCAUGGGGUCUAUAGUGUCAUUUUUGCCUAGGCUAAAGGUCUAAAGCGGAUACCGAGUGGAUCUAUGUUCCUUACAGACAAAAGAAACAGCGCAGGGAAAUUAGUGGAAGUUUGAGAUAAGGGAGGAUGCGGGCGACGUGUUGGUGUGCCGUGUUUCUCCUCACUCCGGCUGUCUACCUGGUUUCAAGUGCCCACGGUUCUAUCCCGGGGAAGUCGGAGCUGCUCAAAUCAGGGAGCCCCAAGUCGACACUAAAGCAUUUAUGGACAGAAAGCAGUAAGGACUUGUCCAUCAGUCGACUUCUAUCACAGACUCUCCAUGGGAAGGAAAAUGCAACAGCCCUGGACCUGCACUAUGACACUCCGGAGCCUUACUCAGAGCAGGACCUCUGGGACUGGCUGAGGAAUACCACGGACCUGCAGGACUCCAGGCCUCGAGCCAAACGGCGGCCAAUGGUCAAGACGGGCAAGUUCAAGAAAAUGUUCGGCUGGGGAGAUUUCCACUCCAACAUCAAAACGGUCAAGCUCAACCUUCUGAUCACCGGUAAGAUCGUCGAUCACGGCAACGGCACCUUCAGCGUCUUCUUCCGCCAUAACUCCACGGGCCAGGGCAACGUGUCUGUCAGCCUGGUCCCGCCGAGCAAAAUCGUUGAGUUUGAUUUGACGGCCCAGCAGUCGGUCAUUGACUCCAAGGAUUCCAAGUCCUUCAACUGCCGCAUCGAGUACGAGAAAGUUGAGAAGGGCUCCAAGAACACGCUCUGCAACUUCGACCCGUCCAAGACAUGUUACCAAGAGCAGACACAAAGCCACGUAUCCUGGCUCUGCUCAAAGCCCUUCAAAGUCAUUUGCAUUUACAUCUCCUUCUACAGCACCGACUACAAGCUUGUGCAGAAAGUCUGCCCAGAUUAUAACUACCACAGCGAUACUCCUUACUUCCCUUCCGGCUGAAGGUAGCCGCUGACGUCACCCACAUGAAGGACAACGAGGCAAAGGAUGGAGCUCUCUCCCCAUCCACAACAAAUACAUGUUCCCCGCACUGCCCAUACCAUGCACUCAUGGCCCAGAUCUAUUAAAACAACUUGAAAAGAAAAGUAUUUGGCUAUUUGCACAAGGACCACACAAAAACUUUCAUUUGAGGGCAUAACGUAAUGCUUUUGUUUGCUCACUUGGUAUCCUUUAAGUUACGGCACCCAUUAUUGUUAAUUUAUUGUUUAUAUAUUUUAAUGUUCUUAGAAUAUUAUUUUACCACUGGGGUGUUGCUUGUAUGACCAUGUACACUCACAAUUUUGUCCUGUAAUGUUCUGUUUUAAUUUAG